UGGCUUCAUCUCUAUCUCUAAUUGGUUAUCCUCUCACGCGCUCUUUUUGCACUUUUCAUUCCACGUCUGCUCACCCUCUAACAUGCGCACCCCUCUCAUCCAACGGCCCACGUUUAUCCUCCACCCCCUGCGCAUUUUAGCCUCCACAUUCAACACAAAAGCAACAUUCUUUUUCUCACAACCAACAGAUGCGCACACACACAUACAUACACACACGCGCAGCUGAAAUCGGUGGUUUUUGACGGUUUCCGGUCGAUCUACGGCAGCCGGACGCGCGAUUUGAGCAGGUGAUUUUCAUUUAUUGUUAGAUCGUAUCGUAUUGUAUUGUAUGGUAUCGUACUCGUUCAGUAUAAUUUCCGAUCUUCAAGUGCGAUUUUGGUUUUCGUUUCCGUUUGAAUCUGUUUGUACGUUGUUUGAUUGUACGAUUUGUGUUAUGAGAACUGUAUUGAUCUGUUGUAUAUGGAGGUUUUGGAGUUAGAAACCCUAGGUCGAGAUUAUGUGUGUGUAAAUUAGGUGAAAUUGUGUGUUAAUGAAGUUCUCUAGUUUCGGACAUGUUUUAGAUAGUUAGGAGUAGGAUUGGGGUGUUUGUUUGGAGAAUUUGUGAUUGUGAAGAGUAGGAGUGGAUUUGAUUGAUGUGGAAGAUGGAUCCGAACGAGAUUUUGUUGAGUAGAGGUGGCGGUGGAGGGAAUAGUAACGGGACGGCUGGUGAGGGGUUUAUCGAUCGGAGUAAAGUGAGGAUUUUGCUUUGUGACAAUAAUUUAAAGAGUUCUGAAGAGGUUUUUCAUCUGCUUUGUAAAUGUUCUUAUCAAGUGACUUCAGUACGGUCACCGAGGCAAGUGAUUGAUGCCUUGAACGCUGAGGGGCCCGACAUAGAUAUUAUUCUAUCUGAGGUUGAUCUUCCUAUGGCUAAAGGCUUUAAGAUGUUAAAAUACAUCAUGAGGGACAAUGAUCUGAGGCGAAUUCCUGUGAUCAUGAUGUCUGCUCAAGAUGAAGUUGCUCUUGUUGUCAAGUGCUUGAGGCUUGGAGCAGCUGAUUAUCUUGUGAAACCAUUGCGAACGAAUGAGCUGUUGAAUUUGUGGACGCACAUGUGGAGGAGAAGACGUAUGCUUGGCUUGGCUGAGAAGAACAUAAUGAACUGUGAAUUCGAUCCAGUCCAAUCAGAUCAUAGUGAAGCUAAUACGAACAGCACCACUCUGUUUUCGGAUGACACAGAUGACAAGUCACACAAGACUUCAAAUCCAGAAGUCUCGGUAUCCGUUCCUCAAGAAAACGAAACUAGUAUCAUAACACCUCAUGGUCUUAUCAACACACCACUUGUCAACUUAUCAGACGACCCACCUAAUGUCCCAGAAAUCAACGAGCAACUACGGGCUGUGUUUGCAGGGAAAGUGAUGUUCGGUCCAAAGAAGAGUGAACUAAGGAUAGGUCAGUCUUCAGCCUUUUUUACAUAUGUCAAAUCGAGCGCGUUCAGGGGUGAUACACACGUGGAUGAAGCCAACCCGCCAGCAUUAAACAUCAACCCGACCGAUGAAAAUGCUGCUCGAUAUGAACACGCGGUUAGUGAUCACGAAAACAUAUAUAUCAAUAACGCACCUCGCGAUUCGGUAUCAGUAGACAGAUCCCCUUUACCUCCAGAAUCCAAUCUUCAAAUGAACUACAACGUAUCAGAAACACAACAAUCUGGUUAUAACCCGUAUUCUGCUUAUCCAUAUUACCUACCGGGACCGAUGAACCAUGUGAUGAUGUCACCAGCCUCAUCGAUGUACCAACAGAACAUGAAUAUUCCACCUCAUCACAUGCCUGGAAUGACAUCAUUCCCUUACUAUCCUGUUAAUCUUUGCUUACCUGGCCAGAUGCCAGCUGGAAUGCCCACAUGGCACUCGUACGGGAAUUCUUCUAACCACAAUGCGAAGGUACAUAAACUUGACCGUAGACAAGCAGCUUUGAUCAAGUUCAAGCAGAAGAGGAAAGAACGGUGUUUCGAUAAGAAAAUCAGGUACGUUAAUAGGAAAAAGCUAGCAGAGAGACGACCUCGUGUAAGGGGACAAUUUGUGAGGAAGGUUAACGGGAUUAAUGUGGAUCUUAACGGUCAACCCACUUCUACUGAUUUUGAUGAUGAGGAUGACGACGAUGAUGAUGACGAGGAAGAGGAAGAUCACACAGGAUAUCCAUGAUUUAUGGAGUAGAAAAGACAUAAUAGAAGAUCUUAGUCAUCAACUGCAAGAUGAUUGAAGGGCUAAAAAGUGGUUACACCUUCUCCAAGGCUUCGACGUGGAGAGAUAUCUGUCGAAGUCCGUCUAAAGUGCGCACGGGAAGAGGGGGGGGGGGUUACCUUUUGACAAGGGUGUUGCAAGUGAAGGUUUGUGAGAGGAAAGAUAGGAGGAGAGGCGUCUGUGAUACUUUGCGAUGGAGAGGUUUUAAUGGUUAUUAUUUGGACCUCUUCUCUUGUGUCAAGAAUGCCACCUAUAUAUGAAACGAGACAGCAAAUAAUUAUGAACCAAGUAAACUAACUCGUGUCUAACUAGAGAAUAUAAGGAAUCGUGACCGAUCACUUUGAGCAUAGAUCAUAAAUAUAUGGGGUGAAUACGUUGUAGAACUUGUGCUUAAAACUUGAUGUAAAUUCACAUUUGUAAUACCAUCUGUUUCUCAUUUUAACCAA